AUGUUCUACUUCCACUGCCCCCCGCAGCUCGAGGGCGCUGCCCCCUUCGGAGGUCACUCUGCCGGCGACUUCGACGACGGGUUCCUGCGAAGGAAGCAGCGCCGCAACCGCACCACCUUCACCUUGCAGCAGCUCGAGGCCCUGGAAGCUGUUUUUGCUCAAACCCACUAUCCCGACGUGUUCACUCGGGAAGAGCUGGCUCUGAAAAUCAACCUCACAGAGGCCAGGGUGCAGGUGUGGUUCCAAAAUCGAAGGGCUAAAUGGAGAAAAACAGAGAGGGGUGCUUCUGACCAAGAGGGCUCUAAGGAAACCAUGGCUGAGGUGGCACCUCCUGCAAGGAAUUUAAAUUCCCCUUCUCCAACAGAUCAAACCAGGAAUAAAAAAGAGGGUCUGGAGAUCCAGCAGAGCCUGAGCCGAGCAGUGGGUCCUACAGGACCUUUCUUCCCUUCCUGCCUGCCGGGGACUCUUCUCAACACAGCCACCUAUGCACAAGCUUUAUCCCAUGUCGCCUCUCUAAAAGGGAGCCCGCUGUGCUCGUGCUGCGUUCCAGACCCCAUGGGCCUCUCCUUCCUGCCCACCUACGGCUGCCAAAGCAACCGCACGGCCAGCGUGGCCGCGCUGCGCAUGAAGGCGCGCGAGCACUCGGAGGCCGUGCUGCAGUCUGCCAACCUGCUGCCCACCGCCAGCAGCAGCCCCACGCCUCCCGCCAAGCCCGGCCCCGAGGGCGGCCAGGACAAGCAGCCCCCUGUGCCCAAGGAGCACAUGGAAGGCGAGAAGAGCGUAUGAGAGCGGGGUGGUGCUGGCCCCUCGGCUCAGGGCAGCGACCUGCCGCCGGCACCCUGCCCUGCCCUGCCACGGGGUGAACUGCAGUGUGCCCGUGCCCAGGGGGACGUCAUGGGGCCACCAGGGACCCGCACAGCUGAGAGGCCUCUUUGGCUGCAUUUCAUGCACCCUUGCUUUUCUUGUGUCGCUGUAGGUUCAUUUCCCUGAUUUAUCGGCACUAUCUGUGUUUGGAAACUUCGUUGAAACUGUUUUUAUUCCCCCCUUGCCCCAUACAUCCCAGGGACACUGAAAAGAUCCUGGCUUGCUCCUGCACAUCUCAACUUCCCAUCCUGUGUGAAAUGGAUGGUUGGAAGCAGCAUAUCACUUCCAGAUGUGUGUUCUGGGGGAAAGAGAUGUACCCAGGCCCCACCCAGU